UUAAAUGUGCAUUCUAAAUGGCAAUUAAAAAAAAAAAAGCUUCAAAAUGUGCUUUUGUUUAUUAAUUUCUCGACCACUUUCUUGUGGAACUUGUCGUAAAUCUUGCUAGGUAUUAGCUUGCGUCUUGGUAGCAAGCAAAGUUAGCUUUUGUUGUUGGUGUCAAAAUGACGUCUGAUGUCGGUGUUAUCCAAAUAAAAGACCAGUAUCUCAAUCGUAUUUAGACGAAGGCUUUAAAUGUCUCUUCACAACAGCAGUUGACUAAAUAGUAGCUACAACGCCUAGAAUCUACGUUAACUGGCACGGGGCCUUUUGUCUUGCUGCUUUUUGUUUGCCAGUAUUCAAUCGAGCUUGUGUGCUGAACCUGGCCCGGUUGUGUCACAAUUCAACCUUCCGUGACUAGGUCAUCCCUGCAGAGUCGGUUUUGAACGUGGUUGCAUUUUGUAGCAGGCCGUCACUUUCCCUCCCUGCAUCAUCAACAGCAGCACAGUGGGGUCACGAAAUUUCGCUUCAGCCCCCUUUUACCUGAGCUGAAUAUCUCCUCUGGAACUUGGCAACCGUCAGACAAAAUGGCCACAAGGACAGAGAACGCGUCCAACGGAAAAGGGCCCAUCAACGAGGAUGAAGGAGAAACCCUCAGGCCCGACGAUUUAUCUGAGAUGCUGGCUGCCGGUACCAAAGACGUUCACGAAAAGGCCGAGAACACGCAAUUCGUAAAGGACUUCCUCAGAGGGCGAAUCCGCAAAGAGCUCUUCAAGCUGGGUGCCGUAGCCCUCUACUACACGUACAGCGCCAUGGAGGAGGAAAUCGAAAUGAACAAGGAGCACCCCCAUUUCGCCCCGCUUUAUUUCCCGUCGGAGCUGCACCGCCACGAGGCGCUGGGCCGUGACCUCGAAUACUUUUACGGCCCCGACUGGAAGGACCAGAUCGCCUGCUCCCCGGCCACCCAACGCUACGUGGACCGCAUCCGCCGAGUGGGCCGGGAGGACCCGGUGCUGCUGGUGGCCCACGCCUACACCCGCUACAUGGGCGACCUGUCGGGGGGUCAGGUGCUGAAGAAGGUGGCGCAAAGGGCCCUGAAGCUGCCCCCCACCGGAGAGGGCCUGGAGUUCUACCAGUUCGACGCCAUCGACAGCGCCAAGGCCUUCAAGCAGCUUUACCGCAGCCGCAUGAACGAGCUGGAACUCGACGCGGAGACCAAGAAGAGCCUUGUGGAUGAGGCCAUCAAGGCCUUCCACUUCAACAUGGAGGUUUUCGAGGAGCUGGAGGAAAUCGGGAAAACCUUCCAGGAGGAGGUUUCGGAAGCCGGGAUGCCCGUGCACGGGGACGCGGGGGGCGACAUCCGCAAAUGCCCCUAUUAUGCCGCCAAAAUGGCAACGAGGGGCGGGACGGCGUACGCGUGCCAGCUGGCCAUGGCCGUCCUGCGCCACCCCACCGGCCAGGUCCUCGUCGCCACGUGGUUCGCCGCCUUAGCCGGCCUGGCCGCCUGGUACGUGAUGUGAGGGAGGAAGAGAGGAUGAAAAACUUGAUGGACGGAGGGGCGGGGGGGGCACAUGCAACCACGGCAACGCACGACCUGGAUCUGGAAUUCCGAUGCGUUGAUCUUAAGGACCGUAUCGACCUCCCCGACCCCCUUGACCAGUCCAGCACCACCUCCACCUCUAUCAGGCUUUUUUUUUUUUUUUUUGUUCUACCUCCUUCGCACCAUCCAUCCAUCCCUCCAUCCUGUGAUGAGUCAUUUGUCAUCACAUCAGGUUUUCUCACACUUCCCCAGACGGUGACAGAUGAUCCAAGCACAGUUUUUUUUAUGCUCUACGUUGAUGCAAAAGAUGAUUAUGAAUGAGAAAUUGCUCGGGUCAAAAAUACUAUGCACACGUUACGGACGGGUUUUCAUCACAAGUGCGUUUUUUUUUUUUUUUUUUUGGGGGGGGGCGAGGGGGGGCCGUGCGGGGUCUCGGUUUGACUCAGGAAAGAAAACUCGAUUCAUAAAGUAUCGCGGUUUAUUUCUCGCAGAGAAGCUUCAUUCGCUGGGAUUCUUUGACGUUGCGUUAAACAAAGUCCAAAUGGCGUCGACGUGCUGCUAAGAAUUUUUGUUCGAAUUUCAUCAUUCCGGCGCUGGCCUUUAAUUUUAAAUACCGUAGUUCCUUAUGUAAUAACUAUUUAAUUACGCAAACUGCAGAGUAUCAGCCAUCUAUCGGGAGUACGGUGUUUAUGAGAUGGGACAAAAGCAGUUUUAUGAUAUAAACCCCCAAAAAUUCCCCAAAUAAAACAGUUUUACGUAUUUAGUAUUACGCAGUGGCGGCACGGUGGUUCGGCCGGUAAAGCGUUGGUCUCACGGUUCUGAGGACCCGGGUUCGAUCCCGGCCCCGCCUGUGUGGAGUUUGCAUGUUCUCCCCGUGCAUGCGUGGGUUUACUCCGGGUGGGCACUCCGGUUUCCUCCCACAUCCCAAAAACACGCAACAUUAAUUGCCCCGAGGUGUGAUUGCGAGUGCGGCUGUUGGUCUCAAUGUGCCCUGCGAUUGGCUGGCGACCAGUUCAGGGUGUAACCCCCCCUCUCCUGCCCGUUGACAGCUGGGAUAGGCUGCAGCACUUCCCCGCAACCCUCGUGAGGAUACGCUGUGAAGAAAAUGGAUGGAUGCAUGUAUUACAAAGUAGUAUUUAUGGCACACCCGCUAUUCUAAUGAGGAUAGGCGGUAUGGAAAAUGGAUGGAUAUUUAGCGUUGGAUCGAUUCCCGCUCAGCGAUGUCAUGGAAAUCUCCCCUGUGACUCACUGGCGACCAGUCCAGGGGGGGGGGGGUCUUUUCGCCCGAAGCUAGCUGGGACCCUUGUGAGGAUAAGCAGCUUGGAUAACGGAUGGAUGUGAUUAAGGCUAACCAAAAAAUGCUAAAUAUCAUAGGAGGGCUAACGAACGGCCUCUGUGCGGCGGUGUCACAUCGAUUAAAGCAAGCAACAAUAUUUGAACACUUAACCGUGGCGCAACACAUUUAGACCAAAAAUAUAGCAAUACUCAAUGGCAUAUAUAUAUAUAUAUACACACAUGUAUUUUUUUUAUCUCCUAUGAAAAACGACUGACUGAUUCACUUACUGCAGUUAGGAAACAUUUGUCUAAAUGCCAGGCCAAGCACGCCAGCAGGUGGUGAUGAUGCGCAAACUCAACUUUCAUUUCUUUACAUUUAAUUAUGCUAUGACGAUGUGUACUCUUGCUAUUUUACCUUAAAUUUGGGGGGGGGGGCUGAAAUACAUUAAUGGAAUUAGAACAGAUGAUUUGAGUUACGAGUGCAAUCACAAUACAAAAUUAAUACAGCAUAUUUUAUAUAUAUAUAUAUCUACACACAUGUGCAUCAUUGCCAGAAAAAUCCCAUAAUUUUUUUUGCCAAAGCACUUUCCCAACAUGAAAAUACUGCUUUGGCUCCAUCUUGUGGCAUUACACUACCAAGCAACUACGUAGAACAGGCCAUAGCCUUGUCUAAUCGGGGAAAAAAAAUGCUUUGCCACCACUCAUAAAAUAAAUCCAUCUUCCGUUUGGGCUUCAGAGAUCACAGGUAUCAGCUUUACAGAUACCAUGCCACAUGGUAUAUUGACAGUAACCUUUAAAUAAACGGCAGUUGUCCGCUUUACAGAUGCCACGUCCGCUCUGCAAAAGGCUGCAACACAUAAUAACCACAGCUAUUUAUGUAUUCGCGCGGAAAAUGAUGAGGCGUGGAGGCGACUAUUUGAGGAAUUACGGCGUUUACACUUUGACAAGCGUACGAUGAACAGAUUUGCGCGAGUGUUAAAACGCAUUGGAAUUAUGAUGACUUUUUGCACGAGUUAAAAGAAAUGAAUUUUUGUAGAUUGAACAGUUUUGACUCCAACGCGAACGACAGUUUGAAGUUGCCAAAGGAGCCGAUACAUAAUUACACUGUCAUAAGAAAUAGCGUAUUGUAUUAGGUUGAAGGAAAUGGAGAUUGAUCCUGAUUUUGUUUUGGGUUUUUUUUCAAUAUAGAGAGAAUAUGUAGAGCACAGUAUAUGAAGGCCUGCAGUGAAGGAAAUAAGUAUUUGAACACCCUGCUAUAUUGCAAGUUCUCCCCUUUUUUUUUUACGAUUUAUUUGUGUGCUACAGCUGCAAAUAAGUAUUUGAACACCCAAGAAAAAGAACGUUAAUAAUUGUUACAGUAGCCUUUGUUUGCAAUUACAGAGGUCAAACGUUUCCUGUAGUUGUUCACCAGGUUUGCACACAUUGCAGGAGAGAUUUUGGCCCACUCCUCCAUGCAGAUCUUCUCUAGAUCAGACGGGUUUCAGCUCCCUUCAAAGAUUUUCUAUUGGGUUUAGGUCUGGAGACCUUGAUAUGCUUCUUCCGGAGCCACUCCUUGGUUUUCCUGGCUUUGUGCUUCGGGUCAUCGUCGUGUUGAAAGGUCCAGCCACGGCCCAUCUUCAAUCCUCUGACUGUGGGAAAGAGGUUGUUCGACAAAAUCUCACAAUACAUGGCCACUGUCAUCCUCUCCUUAAUACAGUGCGCAGUCGUCCUGUCCCGUGUGCAGAAAAACAGCCCCAAAGCAUGAUGAUGCUACCACCCCCGUGCUUCACAGUAGGGACGGUGUUCUUGGAAUGGAACUCAUCAUUCGUUCGGUUAGUGGAAUUAUGGCCAAAAAGUUCCAUUUUGGUCUCGUCUGACCGCAAAACCUUCUCCCCAUGACUCCUCUGUAUCAUCCAAAUGGUCAUUGGCAAGCAAACUUAAGACAGGCCUUGACAUGUGCCGGUUUAAGCAGGGGAACCUUCCGCGUCGUGCGUGAUUUCAAAUCGUGACGUCUUAGUGUAUUACCAACAGUCACCAUGGAAACGGUGGUCCCAGCUCUUUUCAGGUCGCUGACCAUUGAAACUUGCACCAUAGCAGGGUGUUCAAAUACUCAUUUUCUUCACUGUAUUUGAGCAUAGGCGAGCGGGAACUGCCUCAGGUUCGGUACCAAUGUAUAAAAGCGUUCCAUUAAUAUUCACAGUUUUUAAAUUGAUACUGUACCCUGGUUUAUUGCUGCUUCUGUAUGGAUAUGCGCUGUAAUUGCAAGUUUGAACAUCAUUUUAUAUUCCUCCUGUUCCAAAAGGGCACUUUUCAACAUUCAUCUUUAAAGGCAUCGAAGUGAUGGUUGUGUUAUUUUGGAGACUUGGGCCAUGUGAGUCAAAAGAGGGCAAAGGUCAAGUCCGGCGUGACACUUGUGACUCCGGAAUGGAAAACGAGUGGAAUAUUUUGACACAUUUGCAUCGACUUGUACUACAAUUUCAUCCUUCUGGACUACUUAAUUGUGCACACGGUGGAUUGUAGAACAGAACUCUGCUGUCUGUAAUGAAAUAAAAACCCACCUGACUGA